GGCAAGGCUGAAGGAAAGUAAAAGUGGUUAAGCCAGUCACAGUCAGUGUUGGUGUUCUGUGCCGGUCACUGUGCCAGUCCGAGUGUACGCGGAACCAUCAUGAACCAUCUCACUCCGGUCUCAUCUGUUGGAUAUCACUUGUGUUGUUGAUAUUGGCUGACAUGAGAGCGCUGGACUGGUUGCUGUUGGCAAGCGUGAUGGCAGCCUGCAUACCUCUGCCCUCCAACACCGACUCAGAUUACAGCCCACAACAUUCUCACAAGCCAAGAGUGAUCAGAGCGAUAAGCACCAGAAGACGUCAACCCAGUUUGUUCUUUCUCGUUGGACAGUUUUUUGGACAGACAAUAUCGGAGACUAAUCAAGCCGUCAGAAACAUUACCAGGAUAUUCAAUGAUCAAUUCACCACAACCACACCGUCACCUGACAUGGUAACAGAAGAUGACUCAAAUUCAACCACAGAGAAGCCUCCAACUCCAAUUACGAGAGAUCAACUGUUCAGAAUUCUAGGAAACAACUACCGAGGUCUGGUGCGGCUUUUCAACUCGGAGUGGCAGGCUGCAGUUGAGCAAUCUGGUAAGAAUGUAGCCAGCUUCAGGAAAGAGCUACGUGAAGCGAUCAGGCCAUAUUUCUCACCAAAUAGAAACCUAACCAGGAAUCAAACUUAAUUUAGUCUGUAUUUCAUAGUUAAACAUUAUUUAGUAUAAAGGCAGAUUUAUUUAUUACUAGUAUCAUAAACUUGUAAAUUAUUGUGUGUUUGUUUCUUAAAUGGUCUAUACUCUUGCAAAGGUAGAGCAUUGCAAUGUUCGGUUAAAUGGAAGGUAAAGCCUCUGGUUAUAAAGUAAUAUUAUUCCUAUAUAUAAGUAAAACUGAUUGAUAUCAAACUGCAGUAUUUUAAGAAAGAAAGACGAUUUGUUUGGUCUGACACUUAUUUAUAAAAAGGUUGACCUCAACCACCACCGCCAGUUUAAGCUUUGAUGGUCCUUUGGCUUUCCCAGACAACCACGAUGUAUACUGUAAGUGCUUCAGACCAUGCAUUGCGGAAUUGAUUUAAGUAUCGAGCACAGAAAGGAUGGCUUAUGUAUGUCUGACCUGAACACUGUUCCAUAACCCUAUUCAAUAGUCAGACCUAGUAAUGUAUUUUGAACAAAUGACAAGUUAUUACUCUGCAUAAUUGUGUAUUACUUUGUAUAAUUGUAUAUCACUUUGAAUAAUUCUGUUUACUGGUCCUAGUUACUACCACCCCACUGAGAUUUCAGUGGGAUGUCUGAACUGUCUUUGGAAUCCAGAUAACAUAAAAGAACAAUAUUGAGACAAACACAACUAUUAAAGCCUGACAUCCCACAAAGAUUAGUAAGUAGGAUCAGUCUGCAGAAUUUGCUAGUCAUGUAGUAUACUGAACGCUAGUGGACAGUGUCCAAUGAGACUAUUGGAUUCUCCUAUCUUCUCUGUGAUUGAGACCAAUCAUACAGUAUUCUCAUCGAACACGAUUAUUCAAAUUAGUCUGAAUUGUACACGAUUCAGUUGAGUUGAGGCGUGACUUCUGGGGAAUCAUGUCAAGGGGUUUCCCAAACAGCCUUUGAACUUCUUGAACAGAUAGGUUGACUAAGAUAGAAUUGCUUUGACAAUAUAUAUAUAUAUUAUCUCUCAAAUUUCCAUAAAGCUGCACGCAGGCACACAUUCAUACACAUACAAACAAACUAAAUUCGUGGGGUCAAACCCUAGGAUUGCAACACUGCCGCGAAUAUCAAUCCCGAAUGUGUUCCAUGAACUCGCCAACUGAGUAAAAAGCACAAGACACCAGAUAGUGUUUUAUUUGGGGUUUAAAUUUGUUUGGAUUGGUUUCAAAAUUUAAUGUCUCAGGGGACUGUUAAUGAGUUUGAUUCCAGCUUGAGAAGGGAGGUGUUCAAAUGCUGCUGUUCUAUGCUGUUAAGCUCUCCCGAGCUCUUGUCUUGUAUCUAUGUAUAUCACUGCCCUGUGUCAAAAUACACUUAAAUCGACAGUAAAAUGAAGUCUUUAAAUUGUACAAGCUGGGUAGAGUUAGCAAGUUGUACUCCCUGAAGGCACUUCAACAAGACUCUCUCAAUUAUGCGAUGAUCGAACAGCUUUUUUUUGUGGUCUAAAUACUCUUUCCAAGUUUCCAUGUUUAAUAUGGUGCAACUACCCCAAAGAGAAAUUUCAAAGGACAGGUAUGGAAAUAUUAAUCUGUAGUAAGCAUCAUUAAAACAUCAGACUUACAAAGCUUUGAUAAAUUUCAAAGGACAAGGAAUUCCAGAUGCCAAUUUAGCACAUACACUUCCAAUGUGAAAUUUCUACGUUAACCAUUUAUCUGGAUCUCUAAGAGAUCUUCAUCUGUGUCACGUGUAGAAGUAGGGUGAUUUACAUGAAAUUCAGUAUUUAGUUACCAACAUAUAUUGUAACUUAGUUUUGUACGUACAUCCAUUUCCUUUCUUAUCAUUUUGUGUUGCUGCCAAUCAAAAACACAAUCCUCACAUAGGAUCAAACCCACAGUCUGGUGUAACAUAGACCACUGGGUGACCAAAGUGAUUUCAUUUGCUUUUGCUCCUGAGAGUAUAAAACUUAUUUCAGCAAAGAAAAAGUUUUCAUUAAAUCUUGAAAAGUAAUUUUAACAUCUAAAACUAAAAACCAAUUUGAACAAACUUAUAUUACAGAUAUUAAUCUGUAACUCUUUUUUAUCUACUACAUAUUCAUAACUCUAGUACAACACUAUUGACAGCUAAAAAGUACUUAUGUUCUUGAAUUCAAUCAAAGUAUCCUUCCAAUCUCUUCUAAUUUCAAAAUUGUUGCUAUUAUGAAUCUUCUAUAUUUCUUUGGCUAUGCCAAUGAUUAUCGAUCCAUAUUUCAGGCAAUUGUAGAGUAGGCAAUUGUUAUGGGUGCAUCCAUAACAUUCCCAUUUCCUCAAUUCUACGAAAUUCUACAGUAACCCUUUACUCAUUAUCACCAAAAGACACUUCAACUAACAAUGGAGCAAGGAGCAGACAGAUUCGUAUUUACACACCAAGUCACCUUAACAAGAAAUCAACCAAGGUUUGGCCAAAAUGUAUUGGUAUCUUAAACUCAACUCUCACCAUUAACAACAUUUUAUAAAGUUGUGAACACUUACAGUUUGUCUAUCAGCUGAGACAAUUCAGACAAUAGCCAUGUAAUGGAUAAUAUUUUUAAAAUCUGUACUGAUUUUUAAAAUUUCCCAAGGCCUUAAAGAGUUCAAUAUUCAAAUGCUGUUUGAUAUUACCUCACAUUCCAACGGUUGGCAACUUUCAUUUGACCUAGAAUAUUUUUGCUCUACCCCUAUACAUAUUACACUUAUAAGUAUACCAUAUACCAAGUAUGUUCAUAAUUUAUCAUAUGUAUAUUUAACAUGAAAUUAGAUAUUUCCAAAUAUAAAUUAUAACGUUAAUUGAAUUACAAUUACCUUUAAAUACUAUUACAACAUUGGUAAACUGUUCACAUAUAUUGCAAUUUGCUCAAUAUAGUUAAUGCAGCUUAUAUUGUUAACUUUAAUACUACUACUGCAAGUGUACCUACUGAGUUUAAACGAGUCAGUAUUACAUUUUUUGUUUUUAAAAGGAAUAUUAGGUGCACUCCGAUUCCCGACACUUUUAAUUUUAGUAUCAUUUUUACGAGGUCUCUCUAUUGUUUACUAUAGAUCUAUAUUUCUCAUAUUUCUUAAUAAUGAUGAUUUUGUAAAAUACCGGAUACAAUGAGGAUUUAUCAUUCAAAUUGCACACCAGUGAUAUGGGGAUGUUUUCAUAACAUAACGUUGUAAUGUAUUUAAUUGUUAUUUGGAAUAAUUUUCUAUUGUUGUAUAAAUGUAGAUACCUUACGACUUAUAUUUAGUUGUUUUUCAGAUUUCUAUGUAUAUUUGUAAUCUUCAAUAUUUUUACUGUGCUUAUUAUUUAAGAACUUUUAUUAUUUAAUAUUUCAUACUAACAGAAUUGCAAUACAGUACCCUACUUCCAGUAUUGAUCUGUUUCAUUAAAUGUAUUGUACACAA